AUGAGCGCAGGAAACAAUAUCAAAGUGGUGUGUCGUUUUCGACCACAGAACUCCCGUGAAAUUAAGGAAGGUGGUGUUCCAAUUAUUCAAUACGAUGAUAAUGGCGAUACAUGUCACAUGGAGGGAAAGGAAUUUCAAGGGAAUUUUACAUUCGAUCGAAUAUUCCCACCGGAGACGGCCCAGAAAUCCGUAUUCGAUGAAUCCAUAAAACCGAUCGUCGACGAGGUCCUCUCGGGUUAUAAUGGAACUGUGUUUGCUUACGGUCAAACCGGUUCCGGAAAGACACACACCAUGAUGGGAAAUAUGGAUGACGAUGAGUUCAAAGGUCUUAUUCCUCGAAUCGUCGAACAGAUAUUCUACAGCAUCCUUACCUCCCCGUCCACAAUCGAGUACACGGUAAAAGUUUCAUAUAUGGAAAUCUAUAUGGAAAGAAUCCCAAUCAGGAUUAUUAAACUUCCUGUUCACUUCACAUCUUUAGCCCAAAAUGACAAUCUACCUAUUCACGAGGAGAAGAAUCGAGGAGUAUAUGUCAAGGGUCUACUGGAAGUUUACGUGAGCUCUGUGCAAGAGGUGUACGAGGUCAUGAAGCGUGGUGGCAGUGCUCGUAUUGUAGCGUACACAAACAUGAACGCGGAAAGUUCGCGGUCCCAUUCGAUCUUUGUCAUCACCGUCAGCCAAAAGAAUCUCUCCGAUGGUAGCAUAAAGAGUGGCAAACUUUCUCUCGUCGAUUUAGCUGGUUCUGAAAAGGUUGGUAUCCUUGAGGUCGGCAAAACUGGUGCAUCUGGUCAAACAUUGGAAGAAGCCAAAAAGAUUAACAAGUCUUUGUCAGCAUUGGGAAUGGUCAUUAACAAUUUGACCGAUGGAAAGUCAACGCACAUUCCGUAUCGUGACAGUAAACUUACCAGAAUUCUUCAAGAAUCUCUUGGUGGUAACUCGCGAACGACGUUGAUCAUAAACAGUUCUCCUUCUUCCUUCAACGAAGCUGAAACCUUGAGUACUUUGAGGUUUGGUAUGAGGGCAAAGACCAUCAAGAAUAAGGCCAAAGUUAACGCCGAACUUAGCCCAACUGAACUCAAGGCUCUUCUCAAGAAGGCCAAGAGUGAAGCCGUUAGCUUCCAACAAUAUAUCGCUGCCCUCGAGGGUGAAAUUGGUGUUUGGCGUAACGGUGGAACUGUACCGAAGGAAAAAUGGGUCUCAAUGGAUAAAGCAUCAUCAUCAUCAGGUCCUGCCACACCUUCCACACCUACCACUCCAUCUAAUCCAGCAAUUGAGGCCGCAAAGAAGGAACUUGAAUCUCGACCGAGCACUCCUGUUCCAAUAUUAGAAAAGGAUGAACGAGAGGAAUUCUUAAAACGAGAGAACGAACUCACAGACCAAAUUGCCGAGAAAGAGUCACAGCUUUCCAAUCAAGAGAAACUUCUUGCCGAAAUGAAAGAAGAACUCGAUUCCUUCAAGUCGCAAGAGGAAGUUAUCACAAAGGAAAACAAGGAGAUGGCAACCGAGAUUAAUAAUCUAAAGGUCCAAUUGGAAAAGGUCAAUUAUGAUAACAAGGAGGGGGCCAUAACCAUUGACACACUACGAGAAGCCAACUUGGAGUUGACCAAUGAAUUGGAGGUGCUCAAGAAAUCUCUCACAGAACUCAGGGCUGCUCAAAAGGAGGGUGACAAGGAGCAAAAGAAGCAAGAGAAGAUGGCACAAAUGUUUGCUGAACUUGAUCCAUCGGGUGUAAUCUCUGCCAAGGAGAAGCAAAUUCGUGAUACGCUGCUUAAACUAGAAUCGAUUGAGAACGAAGGUAGUGCUUCACUCACGACGGAAGAGCUCGCGACCGUACGCCGCGAGUUGGCCGAAUCGAAGUCGCUAGUAGCUACACAUGAACAAACCAUUAACGAAUUGCAUAAUGAGAAUGAACACUUGACGAGGAAAAGAGAUGAACUUGAGAUUCGACUAAAUGCUCUAGAACUCGAGUAUGAAGAGCUACUAGACAAGACGAUUGCUGAAGAAGAAGCCAACAACAACAUUGACAUCACAGAGACGAUAGCAGAAUUAAGAAGUAAACUAGAAGCUCAGUUCGCUGCAAAGAAAGAACUACAACAGAAAGAAAUUGAUGAAUUGAAACAAGAAUUAGAAAAGAAGAACGAAGAACUACACAAACUCAACAGUGCUCUUGCCGAAUUGAAGAGAGCAAAUGAGGAGCUGCAGAAUGUACUCAGUGACCGGGAUGCCAAGUCCGAAUCCCAGAAAAAUGUUGUCGAGAAAGAAAAGGACAUGGAACGAAUUCGUAAGACCAUGGCGCAACAACUGGCCGACUUCGAUGUUAUGAAGAAGGCGCUCAUGCGUGAUUUGCAAAACCGAUGUGAAAAGGUGGUUGAACUUGAGAUCUCAUUAGAUGAAACGAGAGAACAGUACAACAACGUUCUAAGAAACAACAACAACAAGGCACAACAAAAGAAGAUGGCCUUCCUAGAGAGAAAUUUGGAGCAGCUAACGAACGUGCAAAAACAACUCGUUGAUCAAAAUGCAUCACUAAAGAAAGAAGUAGCAAUCGCCGAGCGGAAACUUCUUGCUCGCAAUGAACGUAUCCAGGCUCUGGAAGCCUUGCUACAGGACGCACAAGAGAAACUCACUUCACAGAAUCAGAAGUUCGAGGCACAACUACAAGCUGUUCGAGAACGAUUAGAACAAGCCAGAUGCCAAAAGGCGAUACAACUCUUUGCGGCCGAAUUUUUCAUAGAUAGAGUGCCGCCAGAGGAGUUGCACGAGAAAGUCGAACUGUACACGAAGCACUCUACCAACCUGGGUAUGAUAGGACAGAAGAUGGGAUUAGACGAACUUUUAUACUGGACACCGAUUAACGCGAAAGAAGUAGAAAUGGCAAAUCAAGAAGGACACAAACUGAAACCCAAAGGCAUAGAAUUCGUUACCGGAAGAGCUCUUCAGGCCUUGGUUGGAGCCAUAUACCAUGAUCAGGAAGUUUGUUCUGGUGUCGAAGCAAAAAUUUGA